AUGGAGUCCAAGGCACAAGAUGGAGGGGCCACGAGGGCAGCCGAUGAAGAUGCAGGUGUCGAGGCCUUUGCAGCAGGUACAGCACGUGGCAGCCAAGACAAUGAGCUGGAGGAGUCAGAGAAGUUCUACGUGGGUCAGCCACGCUUCCUGCUGCUCUUAUACGCACUGUACAACACGCUGGUUGCCCGCUCCGAGAUGGUGUGCUACUUUGUCAUCAUCCUCGGCCACAUGGUCUCCACCUCCAUGAUCAGCCUCAUGCUGCCCAUCCUCUUCGUCCUCUGGGCCAUGCUGUCCAUUCCCCGGCCCAGCAGGCGCUUCUGGAUGAUGACCAUCAUCUACAUGGAGCUAGGCUUCCCUCCGGUGGACCUGCCUGACCCCUGCUUCACAUAA